AUGUCCAUAGUAGCACUAAAGAACGCGGUAAUGACCCUCAUACAGAAAGCCAAAGGUAGUGCUGGAACCUCGGAAUCCGGGGGGUCUGAAUCGACUCCCUUGCUGAGAGGCAGCAAUAGCAAUAAUUCAACGCAUGAUAGCUCAUCCUCAUCUAGCUCGGAUAUUAUCUAUGGUGGAAAUGCAACGCAGGAUCUGGAAAACUCGCCGAUGUCAGCAGGGAAGGAUAACAGAAACGAUGACAGCGGUUCAAACAACGAAAAAGCAAAAUUGGGGCUCUUCCAAUCAGUAGAUCCUCGUGUUAUCAGUGAUUUGAUCAUUGGGCUGAGCGAUGGUUUGACUGUCCCCUUUGCCCUAACAGCUGGUCUAUCUUCACUUGGUGAUGCAAAAUUAGUCAUCACCGGUGGCUUUGCUGAGUUGAUCUCAGGCGCUAUUUCCAUGGGUCUUGGUGGCUAUCUAGGAGCUAAGAGUGAAUCUGAUUAUUACCAUGCGGAAGUGAAGAAGGAGAAAAGGAAAUUUUACGAUAACUCUAACCUAAUCAACAGGGAAAUUGAAGACAUUUUAUUAGAAAUCAAUCCGAAUUUCUCCGACGAAACAAUCGUUUCAUUUAUCAAAGACUUACAAAGGACACCGGAAUUAAUGGUGGACUUCAUUAUCAGGUAUGGGAGGGGUUUAGAUGAACCCGCCGAAAAUAGAGAACUGAUCAGUGCAGUUACCAUCGGUGGUGGUUAUCUACUUGGUGGGUUAGUGCCACUGGUGCCAUAUUUCUUUGUAUCAGACGUGGGCACGGGCCUCAUAUACUCUAUCAUAGUUAUGGUUAUAACACUAUUCUGCUUCGGGUACAUAAAAACAAAAUUGUCCAUGGGCAGUGGCAGUUCGACCUCCAAGAAAGUUACAGAAGGUAUUGAAAUGGUCGCUGUCGGUGGUGUAGCAGCAGGUGCAGCUUGGUUUUUUGUUAAGUUACUGGGUUAG